AAAUGGCUAACGUUGCUGAGUGCAGUGAGCGUUCGAUCAAAGCAAUACGCACAAACAUUCAUUACGUUCAAGGCACAUUUCUUUCGCCACACAAAGAAGCUCGAUCUGUUGCUUUCAUGGAAUCAAGUCUAUAACUUCCCUCUCCAACAGCUCCGGUUAAGGGUCAUAGCUAAAGAAAGAGACGAUUUUUCUGGAAAGUGUGACAUUGAAGACGAUCGGAUCUUGGAGAGACUUUGUAUUAUGCGACCAGGCGCCUGGGGAAAUAAUCUUAGCGUUUGGGACAAAGACCAAACAGAGUAU